ACAUAUCUCUGUUUUUUUCCAUUACAUGACACAGCUUUCCAUUCUCAACUUCCCAUCCUCCAAGGUCAAAACUCUCUCUCCAUAUUAAUACCCCUCCUCUCUCUCUCUCUCUCUCUCUCUCUCUCUCUCUCGUAUAUCUACACCCUUCUCUCUGCUUCCUCCAAGAACCAACCUCCUCUGUUACGUGCACCCCUCAACUCAGUUCUCUGGUUUCUUGAUUUCCUAGUAAAAAUGAGUAGCAAAUGGAGAAAAGCUAAGCUUGCACUUGGCCUGAACCUCUGCGCUUAUAUCCCUCCAGAGACUAAUGACUUGCCUGAGAAAUCUUCUGAUGCUGCUCUGCUCUCACAGUCUCAGAAUAACUGGGCUUUUGGGCCCUCAAGAUUGUCUAAAAGCUUUAGCAGAUCAUCAAAGAAAACAUGCUCCAUAUGUUUGGCUACCAUGAAACGUGGAGACGGGAAUGCUGUUUUCACUGCAGAGUGCUCACAUUCCUUCCAUUUCCAUUGCAUUGCGUCAAAUGUUAAACAUGGAAAUAAAAUCUGCCCCGUUUGCAGAGCGAAUUGGAAAGAAAUUCCAUGGCAAGCUAAUACACUGGAACCUCUUCCUGGAAGGUCUAGAAUCAAUCCUGUGGAUUUGUUGCCUAACAAUGGUCUAAUGACAGCUGUACGUCAGUUGCCUCCUCGUCCUGUUUCUUAUCGACAUGUAGCACAACUAUUCCAGUCUCCUGAGCCUGCUGUCUUUAAUGACGAUGAAUCCCUAGAUCAUAAAACAGAAAAAGCUGAGGAUAUUUCAAAAUUUAAAAGUCAUGUAGAUGUGGAAUCCGGCACAACCAUAGCGGUCAAAACUUACCCAGAAGUUCCAGCAGUCCCACAGUUCAAAGCGUAUGAUAACUUCACUGUCCUGAUCCAUGUGAAGGCCCCUUCAUUUUCAAGUCACGAUCAUAGUAUCAAUCAGUCUAAUGUGUCUCCGAUUCCUCAAAAUCCUCGUGCACCUGUAGACCUUGUCACAGUGCUUGACAUCAGUGGCAGCAUGGCAGGAACCAAACUUGCAUUGCUAAAGCGGGCCAUGGGAUUUGUGAUACAGAAUCUAAGCCCAAACGAUCGGUUGUCAGUGAUAGCCUUCUCAUCAACAGCACGCCGCCUUUUCCCUCUUAGUCGUAUGUCUGACACAGGACGGCAGCAAGCACUGCAGGCAGUUAACUCUUUAGUUGCAAAUGGUGGAACAAAUAUUGCCGAAGGCUUGAGAAAGGGUGCUAAGGUGAUGGAAGAUAGAAGGGAAAAAAACCCUGUUGCAAAUAUAAUACUCCUUUCAGACGGACAAGAUACAUAUACCAUGAAUAGUUCUAGUGGCAGCCAAAAUGAACCCAACUAUGGACUGCUGCUUCCUACGUCCAUUCACAGGAAGGAAAGUCCUGGCUUCAAAAUUCCAGUGCAUGCAUUUGGGUUUGGCAUGGAUCAUGAUGCUUUAUUAAUGCACUCUAUCUCCGAGGCUUCAGGAGGGACCUUUUCUUUCAUUGAAGCUGAAAGUGUGAUUCAGGAUGCAUUUGCACAAUGUAUAGGGGGACUAUUGAGUGUUGUUGUUAAAGAGCUGCGUGUGACUAUUGAAAGUGUUGACUCCCAGAUUUGUCUUCGCUCUAUAAAAUCCGGUAGCUAUCCAAAUCACUUGGUGCAUGAUGGAAAAACUGGUUAUGUCGAAGUUGGUGAUAUGUACGCGGAUGAAGAAAGGGAUUUCCUCGUUUCAGUUAAUGUUCCUGCAGAAUUUUUGAACAAAGAAACAUCUCUAUUAAAAGUCAGAUCUGUUUAUAUCAAUCCGCUAACAAAGCACACGGUAACACUUGACAGUGAAGAACUUAGGAUUGGGAGACCUGAAAAAGCUGGACAAGAAAUGGUUUCAGUAGAAGUGGACAGGCAAAGGAACAGGCUGCAGGCAGCUGAGGCGAUGGCAGAAGCUCGAGUCGCAGCAGAACAGGGCGGCCUAGCAGCUGCAAUUGUAAUCCUUGAAAAUUGCCGUAAAACAUUGUCACAAACUGUAUCAGCUAAGGCUCAUGACCGUCUCUGUAUUGCACUGGACGCUGAGCUCACAGAGAUGCAAGAAAGGUUGUCAAGCAGAAAUGUUUACCAGUCAUCCGGAAGAGCAUAUAUAUUAUCUGGACUAAGCUCACACUCUUGGCAGAGAGCAACUGCAAGAGGUGAUUCUACAGACGGUUCAAGCCUCGUUCAAGCCUAUCAAACCCAAUCAAUGACUGAGAUGCUUACUCGUUCGCAGGCUGCACUGUUAAGCAGUCCUUCAGUUCAUAGGCCUCUUCGACCAAAGCCAAGGUGAUGCCACAAGCUUUCACACGCUGUAAAUCAAACUUAAAUGUGUGAAGUACCUAUAUUUUGUUUAUUUCAAUUUGGAGGUAAAUUGGAGGGUAUAAGAAGUGCGGUUUUUGUGUCCAUAUCGCUCUCUUUUUUCAGUCGUGUAACGCAAUAACAAUCAGAUAAUGCAUGCAGAAUAUAUGUAGUUUCUGUAGCCUUGUAUUGGUGGGGCUAAUUCUACUGAAGGAAGUGUUUCUAUAGAUAUAUAUAAGUUUGUUACUGAUUAUGCCAA